AUGUCUUGUUGCGCAGCGAAAACAGCGGAAGAUAGACUUGAACCUUACGAACUUCGAACACUGUACGUUAGGCAGAUUAAAAGACUCGCUCAGAGGGGACUAUUUGGGCAAGCUAUAAGCGUGUUCAGAGAGGUGGGUUAACUGUUUUUCUUUUUCUCCUAGUUUUGUAUGUGAUAAGACAGUAACAGACAGUCAGUAACAACCAAUGGUCGGGUUUCAAACACAUUUCAUCAUUCCCGUAACGUAUUUUAAUAAAUGCUCUACCCUUUUUGGGAGCGCUCUCCUUUGGAACAAUUUACUUUGCGGCCAUUCAAUGGGAAAUCUCUCGAUCAAAACUUUCACUUAAUUUCUUUUUGUGGAUAAAUACCUUCUGACGUUUUCCUGGUUUGUUUUGUAAUGGCUGCAAGAUCACCUUACUAUCUUCCUUGUCUCUUAAUUUGGUUUAAAUCUUUAAAGUUAAAAACUUUUCUAGAAGCUCCAUGGUAUUUAAUGGGAUGAAUAGAAACAUUAUUAUUUAAAUAUUUGCAUACUUUUAUGAUUAUUUUCGUUAACCUUUUCAUUUCCUUUUGCCCUCACAGCUCUCAAAAAACCUUGGAGUAACUGCUGCGACAAAAAGAUUAAGUAAUAUGGCAAUAUCAGAUCUUCUAAAUGCCAGGGAAUUCCCUGUUGAUAGAGACGCAUAUCGAUAUUUAGAUAGGUAUGUUCCCUUUCAUUACCCAUCAGUGAAUGUCUUGGCUACAAGCAGUCAUUUCCAAUACGACCGCACUGUUAAGGACCGUAAAGAGCAGUUGACGGAUCGUACGCUCCGUACAAACCGUCAGCACUGCUAACAGUCCGUAUAUUCUGAGCACAUAUAGCGUGUUUCAGGCUUCGAGACAUUUCGCUGAACUGAGAAAGAGCGAACUCGAAAAUAAAACGGGAGGAAACUGGGGAGAGCAGGGGUGGCGGUUCGUCUUCCCCACUAUCUGAGAGCCUGGAACAGGCUAGAGCACAUAAGAAGAGUGCAUCUCAUUAUUACAUCAGGGUACAGUGUGUUACGGUUCGUUCGAUCAGUGCGGAUCGUAACGGUCCGUAUGUUUGAUUGAACGGAUCGCGAGUUCCUCGUUAUAUGAGCCAUAAAGCUGAACAAGCACACUCGAAAUGUAAUAUUCCUUGCUCUAUUAUCCAUAGAGCUAAACAAGCACACUCUAACAGUAAUAUUCUAGUGUUCUAUAAGCAAUAGAGCCAAACAAGCACGCCCCAAAUGUAAUAUUCCUUGUUCUUGGCCAUAAAGUGCAACGAGCAUAUCCCAACUUACAGUAAUGUUUCGGGUGCGACUUUCUCUUUUUGUACUAAAUAUUUCGUAGACCAAAACCUGAUCAAACGUAAUUUGACUUUUUAACAUUCAGAGUUAAUGGUCGUCUCCGGGGACUUAAAGUUUCAUCAGCAAAAAGCAAGAAAAGCAUAUUUCAUAUCGUCAGCAAAUACAUAAAAGUCAAACUUUUUUGAAGAAUUGAAAAUAUGAAUUUUAAGAACGGCAGAAGGACUCAAUGCAGAGCCUUACUUGAAUAACAGGCGACUUACAAGAGGAAACUUUAAUUUUCGGAGUAACUUCAUUUCUGCUGAAAAGAUAGUCGUUCUGAUGUUGUAAACUAUUGUUAGUUAGCCUAAAGUCACUUCAAAAUAAUUCAAAAAGAAAAAACAAAAGAACUUAAUGUUUAAUAAGUGUCUAUAUAUCUGAUAAAGACACACUCCAACUUUUUACCCCCAAAUCUAAAUUUGGCGGUAAUCCAGAGAUUUUGCAGCCGUUCAAAAAACUCGUUUUCGAACAGUUCAUCCUCGUUCCCAAGGUCCUCUCUAGCUCGUCCAUACUGAGCGAAAGAGGACCCUGGGAACGACAAUCUGAGCAAAGAGGCCUGGAAAAAAAAGCUUGUUGUUGGAAUAACCUAGAAAUAAUUCCAUAUCCUCUCAAUUUCAUAAAGCUAGUUGCUUGUUUCGGUACUGAAGUUGUUGUUGGUAUUGCUUAAUUUGCUCAUUCUUUUAUCUUUGCGUUAAUUUUCAGGCUUCACGAAGCUCUUUUCUUUAAAAACGAACGCCAAGCCAGCCACAUGUGUAACCUGUUCAUAAAACAUUUCGAUUUCGAUCCACCAAGUGAUGUUGCAAACGAUUUGGAAGAAGCUAAUAAAGAGACACUGGCAAAGUCCGGUUUGUCAGUCAUAACCAUAUGUGGAAUGGAUUUAUCAUCAAAGAAAAAACUAAAGAAGCUUAAAGAGUUGUUGUCAAGAUGUCCUGAGGUUAAGAAGAUAGACUUGGUGUUCUGUUCCCUGACCAACGAACGUCUUCUCGAGUUAUUUGAGGCAAUAAUGAACCUGAAAUGUUUACUCUUUUUAGGCAAGUGGCUGAUAUGUUCUGAAAAGGGGACAGCGUGGCCGAGCGGUUAGCGCGCCAGAAUUGCAAUUUGGAGGCCCCGAGUUCAAUUACCCCCCGAACUGCUAGCGUGGCCGAGUGGUUAGAGCGAGGCCACGAGUUCAAUCCCCGGCCAAACUACUCGCCAGGAUUUGUUCUCGGUAGUUCCGAGUUGAACUCCUCGUUACCACUUGUAAAUAGCUAACUGGUUUGCCUCCGGCCAGUCGGGAUUUUUCACUUUUUUGUGCUUAUUUCAAUUAUUUGUUUCUGCCGUAUAUGUGGGCCACAAUGCGUUGCCCAUUGGGUCACCAGUAAUUGUGUUACCACUAUAAAGUCAACUACCUAUCCGAAUGAUCGUAACAUCUUUUACAUAACGAGCUUGUCUGUUUGGAUCGUUCUCCAUUCUCACGUAACCUUUUUUCUAUCUAGGUUUGCUUGGCAACAAACUUGAUAACAGAGUCGUUUUCAAGCUUCAUAAAUUAUUGGAAGAACCGGACAAUUUCCCUGCUCUGGUAUGGACAGACUUCCGAAACAACAAAGGGAUUAUUACUAUUCCAGGAGCCUUCGUACAGCUUUUAAUGCAACGGAGGUUAACGUUUAACGCUGAAAAAGAGGAGACACCAGAUGAAAGAGUGGCCAUCAGUGUUCAAGAUGCCAUGAACGGAAAAGUGUGUUAG